UUAUGAAUAGUAAUGAUGCGAGUGUCCAAUCAUCAUGGACAUGACGUAGUUAAUAUUCAUGAGCUCCGCCUCCGCGCACCCAAACAGAGAAGCGUGUCUCUCGAGCUCGCUGCUAUACUGUUGUCACUCUCUGUUCGGCUGCAGAAGAAAGAAACUCAUACAGGUUUGGAACAACUCAAGGAAAGACGUUGCACUCCUCCAAUAAGGAUGGAUUUUAUCUAUAUCUCAAGCAUCAUUCUAACCCUGACCGUCCCAGUGCACUGUGGGAAAGUCCUGGUGUUUCCUCAUGAAGGCAGUCACUGGGUUAACAUGAAUGUUCUGAUCCAGGAGCUUCACUCCAGAGGCCAUCAGAUCAGCGUGAUCCGGGCCCUCGACAGCUGGUACAUCUCAGAGACGUCGCCGCACUACGUCUCGAUGACCGUCCCGUUCUCACUGGGAGGAGACGACGAGUUCUACCGCGGUUUUGUUUCUAAACAACUGCAGAUCAAACGCCAGCGGCAACCGGCGUGGACCAGAUUCAGACUGGACAUGGACCUCAAGGACAGAUUUUCCGAAAUGCACAGGAAGAUUUGCGAAAUGGUGAUUCAUAUAAUUGAGAAGGAACCUGCGCUGUUAGAACAGAUCAAACAGGCCAACUUUGACUUGAUGUUGACCGAUCCCGCGAACGGAGGAGGUGUUGUUCUCGCACGCUAUCUGAAUCUACCUCUCGUCUUUAACGUCCGAUGGACUGUUCACGGAGAAGCUCAUUUCACAAUAGCCCCGUCUCCGCUGUCCUACGUUCCCUUCCCGCCUUCCCAGCUGACUGAUCAUAUGACUUUUCUUCAGAGAACGUAUAACAUGCUGUUUUACACAUUUCGGCGUUUCCUUUACCAGCGCACCGUUGGUCCUCAUUACAGCGCUUUGUGCAGCCGAUAUUUCGGCCCUGAUUUGGACUAUUUUGAAUUAUUCCAAGCUGCUGAUAUUUGGCUCAUGAGGGUGGAUUUUGUCUUUGAAUUUCCUCGCCCAACCAUGCCAAAUGUCGUUUACAUUGGCGGUUUCCAAUGCAAACCCUCAAAAGAGCUUCCGAGGGAUCUUGAGGACUUCGUGCAAAGCUCUGGAGAGCACGGCGUCAUUAUAAUGUCUUUAGGAACGUUAGUUGGGCAGCUUCCUCUUGACAUAGCCGAUGAAAUAGCCGCUGCGUUCGCUCAGCUUCCCCAAAAAGUGAUUUGGAGAUACACCGGAGAGCGACCGUCGACUGUGGGCAACAACACGUUACUGGUUAACUGGUUACCGCAGAAUGAUCUCCUAGGACAUGCAAAAACCAAGGUUUUUGUGUCUCAUGGAGGAACUAAUGGUAUUUUUGAAGCCAUUUACCAUGGUGUUCCAAUAGUCGGGCUGCCGCUUGUUUUCGAUCAGGAUGAUAACAUUUCCAAAAUGAGACACAGAGGUGUAGCGAAGGUUGUGGACAUCGCCACCAUAGAUAGAAGUAUAUUCAAAGACGCCUUACAGGAAGUGCUUAAUGAGCCGUCCUACAGAACGAACAUGCAGAAGCUGUCCAGACUCCACAGGGACACGCCAUUAAAAGCAUUAGACAGCGCCAUCUUCUGGAUCGAGUUCGUCAUGAGACACAGAGGCGCUGCUCACCUGCGCACCGACUCGUAUAAGAUGCCCUGGUACUCGUAUUAUAGUGUUGAUGUCGCAGCACUCUUAGUGUCGAUUGUGUCGUUUAUAGUUUUUAUUAUAUUUAAAGUGAUUAAAUGUUUAUGUUGCAGGUUAUGUGCAAAAAGAACACGAGCAAAACAAGAUUAAGUUUGAGGGUGUCUUGAAAGGUUGUGGAAAUAAUAAAUAUAUAUAUAUAUAUAUAUAUAUAUAUAUAUAUAUAUAUAUAUAUAUAUAUAUAUAUAUAUAUAUAUAUAAUAUAUAC